UAGCCAAAUGAGGCUGCUGGCACCAACAGACCUGUUUGUGAAAGGGGAGGUUUGCAGGACUGGAUCUCUCAUCCCUGAGGAAGUCUGAUGUGUGAGACAGGCCGGGAAGGAAGCUUCAGGGACCUAUCCUGGCAUGGAGAUGGCAGAGAUGAAGAACUUGUUGCUUCUGCUCGUGCUAGCAGUGAUGCCACCUUCUGUGUUUUCAGAGCAGCGGAUGAAACGACAGAUUGAUGUCUGGGGAAGCUGGGGUGAGUGGGGCAGGUGCAGUCGGAGCUGUGGUGGUGGAGUCAGCUUUCGGCAAAGGCGCUGCUACUCCCAGAGGACAGAAGGUGCUUCCAGUUGCAUUGGGCAAACUCGAACCUAUCGGUCAUGCAACAUUCAGAGCUGCCCAGAAGGCUCCCGGGACUUCCGGGCAGAGCAAUGUGCAGAGUUUGAUGGGACAGAAUUCCAAGGAAAGAAAUACAAGUGGCUUCCAUAUUAUGGAGCACCUAUUAAGUGUGAGUUAAACUGUAUCCCCAAGGGAGAAAACUUCUACUACAGGCACAAAGAAGCAGUGGUAGAUGGGACUACCUGUGAACCUGGAAAACGGGACAUCUGUGUAGAGGGAGUUUGUCGGGCUGUUGGCUGUGAUAACAUGCUAGAAUCUGCUAAGAAGGAGGACAAGUGCCUGCUAUGUGGAGGAGAUGGCAGCACCUGCUACAGUGUGAAGGGCACUUUUGAUGUGCCCAGCCUCCCCAAAGGUUAUAAUCAAAUCUUUGUCAUCCCUGUGGGAGCUACAAGCAUCCAAAUUAAGGAAGUUAAGCCCAGCAGGAACUUCCUGGCUGUCAAGAAUGUGCGAGGGGACUACUAUCUGAAUGGGCAUUGGACAAUUGACUUCAGCCGAGCACUGCAGGUAGCUAGCACAGUUAUGCACUACGACCGUGGCUCAGAGAGUGACCUGGCCCCAGAGCUCCUCCAUGCCCGGGGUCCCACAACAGAACCCCUCGUUGUUGAGCUCAUCAGCCAGGAGCCAAACCCAGGGAUACAGUAUGAAUACUACCUGCCCGUGCAGGGUCAGGCCUCAGGUUACAGCUGGAGCUAUGGCUCCUGGAGUGAGUGCAGCUCUGAGUGUGGAGGAGGCUUCCAGUCUCGCUUGGUGUUUUGUACCAUAGACAACGAAAUUUAUCCAGACUACAUGUGCAGGAGCAAACCACGACCACACAAUAACCAGACAUGUGGCCAUCAGACCUGUCCCCAGACAAAACGGACUUCUUACAUCUAUCUGCCGCAAGCCUGGCGCCACAGUGGAGCACGAAGCUCUCGGAUGAAAAGGUGGAAAACAGGGGAGUGGGGACCCUGCUCAGCUACCUGUGGUGGGGGCACCCAGACUCGCUCUGUUUACUGUGUGGCAUUUGAUGGCCAGAGCUCCCAAGGGGUGGUGGAUAAUGCUGAGUGCAUGGCCUUCGCUCAGCAGCCUCGCAGCAGUCAGCCCUGCAGCAUGAGACAGUGUGCAACCUGGAGCACAGGGCCCUGGUCAGAGUGCUCAGCCAGCUGUGGGGAAGGUGUCCAGACCCGGACUGUCACCUGCAGAACUCAACAAGGCUCUCAGGCUCAGGACUUCGCUUGCCUGGUGGAGCCAAAACCAUCGGCCAUCCAGCCCUGCCUUAAGGAGAACUGCAUCCAGGAAGUUGGCUGGCAUGUUGGAGACUGGGGACUGUGUUCCAAGAGCUGCAGUGCAGGCAUUCGGACACGCCAAGUCAUCUGCGCUGACGGUGACUCCAAGUUCUACAGCCCUGAGACAUGCAAAGCCAUCCAGCCACAGAAACCAGCCACCCUGGGUAGCUGCAACACACAGCCCUGCUACCUGCCACAGCAGGUCCCCAGUAUGCAGGACCCUAUGGGAUAUGACAUCACUCGCCAGUCCUCGCUUACACGUUACAACCCAGACAGCCCUACCACAGAUUCCGGUGAUGAAAGGAUACUCCCUGGGAGCUCCAUGAUCCUUAGUACCUCUGGGAAUCGCCACAUCCCAUCCAACAGGAAUGAUGGCAUCAGCCUGUUGCCUGUUCACCAGGACUCCCAGUCACACUCGCUGGGUUCUCAUCAACUCAGCUUCUUUGAGGAUCCCUCUGCAGGCACUGGCUCUCAGGAUUGUCAUCGGAGCCCACAUGGCUGCUGCUCAGAUGGACGCACUCCAGCUUCAGGCCCUCUGGGGAGAGGUUGCCGCUUCAGCACCUGCCACCAAAACAGGUAUGGGUGCUGUCCCGAUGGGGUAUCAGCUGCCCAGGGCCCGAACAACAUGGGAUGCUCACAAAAUGUUCAAGUGAGCAGAAAUCAGCCCUCCACAGCCUCUCCAGCAGCAAGCCUAGCCUCAUCUCAGCAGCACCCCUCGGGCGAGUGCCGCAGUUCCACGUACGGCUGCUGUUUUGACAAUGUCGCUGCAGCUUCAGGUCCUCAAGGGGAAGGAUGUCUCCACAGGCCCAACUACCCAUAUCCUGCCAUGUGCCUGCUACCCAGUGCCCAUGGCCCCUGUGCAAACUGGACCACUCGCUGGUACUUCGUGGCUGUUGUUGGCAAAUGCAACCGGUUUUGGUAUGGCGGCUGUCAUGGCAAUAAAAACAGCUUCGUUUCAGAGGAGGAGUGCAUGAGGUCCUGCCACAGCUCUGUGGGUGUCAGUUCUCUGGAGCACCAGCCACCUUCUGGUGUGGCAGCCCUGCAGACCAGCUCCCACUCUCGAACAUGGGAUGCACAGGAACAGCAGCAGCUGCUCCUGAGAGAGUCCGUGAGCCAAGGAAGAACCUACGGGGCUUCAUAUCCCACGCAAGACAGCCGCAGACAGGACAGCUGGAGAAGUGAGAUGCUGCUGGCAUCUUUGUCAAGGACUGGUGCACUGGAGAGGCCUCGCUGGGGCACCCAGCAAUCAGACAGCCUGAGCCAGCUGCACUCACGGGAAACAGCCCUGCCUGGGCCCUCAGAGAAGCAGAGCAGCAGAGGCCAGCAGGUGCUGCCCAGUGAAGACAAGCAGAGGCAAACAUCCUUGGUAGCAGAUGUUUCCAUGGCAGGGGCACAGCAGGCAUCAGCAGACUCAUUCCCAGUGCGUGCUCUGCACAGAGCCGUCCUGGAGGAAGCCAAACCUUCUCUUGUGACAGCAGCUGUGGGACAAAACAUCCAGCUGGUCUGCAAGACAGGCUUGUCCCCCUUCUCUAGAGUGGAGUGGAUGAAGGAUGGUCGACCGGUCUCCUCUGGCAGGCACACUUACCAGUCUGACAGCUCCCUAGUGAUCAGCCACGUCAAGCUGGAGGAUGCCGGAACUUAUUCAUGCCACUUUUCUGAUGGGAGGGCAGAGAGCCGACAGAUUCGGUUGCAGAUCAUAGAGUACCAGAGUGCUGUUCUGGCAGAGGGCGAGAGGGGUCAGGUCCUUCACAAGGAAAGCCAGCAGCACCGAGAACUACCCAAAAGCAGGACGGUUGCUCAGGCAGCCAGUUCCUCUGCGCAUCGGCAGCUCACGUACAGGUUGAGAAUGGAUAAGAGUGAGCCCUCAGUGGUGGAGGCCAGCAUCGGGGAGAGAGUCAGACUGCCCUGCACAGUGGAAGCAUCGCCAGCUCUCACCAUUGAAUGGCAGAAAGAUGGGCAGCCCCUCUCCUCUCCCAGACACCGGCAGCAGUCAGAUGGGGCCCUGGUGAUCAAUCGUGUCAGCUCUGAAGAUGCUGGCUUCUUCACCUGCAUUGCCUCAAAUGGACGUGACCAGGACCAGCGCCAGGUCCUAUUCCGACCUCUGGGAGAGCUGAGGAUCACUGGUCUUUUGCCAAGCAUCACGGUACCUGAGGGAGGAACUGCUCAGCUUCCCUGUAGAGUGACUGGCAACAGCGUGAAUAUAAGGUGGUCAAGGAAUGGAGUCCCCAUGCGAGCAGAUGGCCACCACAUCCACCUGUCCCAGGAUGGAAGCCUGAUUGUAAGCAAUGUUCAGGAGGCUGACGAGGGAUCCUACACCUGUAAUGCCUACAGCAGCAGCAGCUCUGUCAGUGCCAGCACAGAGGUGAAAGUGCUGAGGAGCAUGCCUAGCACUACUGUGAAUCGCGUUAUAGACCCGAGCAGAGAGUGUGUGGACCAGCCACACCUUGCCAACUGUGACCUGAUCCUGCAGGCCCAGCUCUGCAGUAACGAGUACUACUCCAGCUUCUGCUGUGCUAGCUGCUCUCGCUACCAGACGCAGGCCAGCCCUCCUCAUCACCACGGGUGACAGACACCUCCACUCACACGGACCCCCAGGUGACUGGUUACAAGAUCGGGAAUCUGAACUCUGUCCUUUUAAUGCAUGAAAUCAUUCUGGGAGCUCUGCCCUGAUGCAAAACUAGAGGGUGAACUGAACAGCAUGUACUAGCAGGUGUAACUGUUCAAAGGUGAAAGACCCACCCCCCUCAAUUUAUUGCAAACUCCCUUUUCUCCCUUUGUGCCUUGCUGUAGCUAAUCAGUCUCUUCACUUAAGGGUAGUUGCCUUCGUUAAUGGAACAAGAUGAUGUUUGCAAUAUAAGGACACUGUGACUUUAGAGAACGCAGAUAACAAGCACAAAAGAGGGAGAGAAUAAUUCUUUAUACAAGUGACAGAAGUGCUCUUAAAAGGUCUGUGUUUGAAGAUCAGCCUGAAAUGUCUCUAAUGAGCGAUGAACAUGUGUAAUCCAUGAGAGCACUUUCCAUCUAAAUGCAAAGGACUCUGGCCUGAGAUACAGCUUGAUGCAUAGGACAUUAGUCUUCAGGUCCUGUGAGAUUGCUGGCUCUAGGGAUGCAGCUGUAAUGUCAUGCUGCUAUAGCUUUAUUCCAGCAGACCUUAGAUAAAUGUCUCGUUGGGUCAGUUUGGUUUCUGCUUUACUGUAAUCAGGUUUGGAGUGAAAUGCAGAAGCAAUGCUUCACAGAAAGCUAGAAGAGUACUUUUAGGCCUUCCCAAAAGUUAAGAGGCAAUUCAGAUGAGCAGGCCCACACUGUGUGUUGUGCUGAUGCUGGCUCUAGGAAGGCUCAGCAUAUGGUUUUUUAUUGUGUGGUUUGGGUUUUUUUUAAUUAUGUAUCUGAGUCAGAACUGCACUGCUGAAUUUAUUGCAAAGCCAGGCUUGGUGGUAGUCUUGUGCUGAGUUUUGGCUUGGAGGUGUGAAUGAUGCACACAGAAACAAAUGUGUGCAGGGGCCUUUGACUUGCCAAAACCAACCUCCCUGCCAUCAGUUAAGUCUGGGAAAGCCUAGCUCUGUGCAUGGCCUAGGUGGGAUUCCUGCUGCCAUGGGCUAACAAGUGAGGACCUCCAGAUGCAGAGCAGCUGUAACUGAAAAGCAUCCUGUGUAUCAAGACUAGCACUGAGUGGCAGCAAGGAGGUAGGUGAUGCUGUGUGGGGCAGUGAGAUUAUAUCAUGAUUUGUGACAGUGUGAAAAGGCCCUCGGGUGUCUUUAGUAUCACAGAACAGAGUAACUUUUGAGCAGUUUUCACAGCCUCCACAGUACUGUUCUAGCCUACCAUCAGCCCUAACUGUCCUCCUUUUUCCUCAUUCCAAACUCCCUGCUGAGACUUUGGGUAGGUUAUGGCAUAUUAGUUACCAUCAUCACUCCUUAUCUGCAUAGAUGUAGCUGGAAAUGAGUAGACUGGUAUGUAGUAUUGCUGUUUUGGGUGGAGGUUGAAGAUUGCACUUUUGAGGGGUAGGUUGUUUGGUGAUGUGUGUUUGUUGUUUUUUUUUCCUUCACCUGCUUCUGUUAUGUUACUUAAAGGCUUUUAAGGCAAGCAGCUAUUUCAGGAUUGUGCUCACACCACCCUCCAGUCUAGACUCAAUACUUGGGGCAGCAGUAAUACAUAAGUGUAAAAUCUCCAGGCUUGACAGACUAAAGCUGGUUUAGACAUUAAAUCCAGUAAAACAAGUUCUGAUGCACCUAAGAAUAAGAAUUGCUAAUCUAAUGACUGCACACUCUUCAGCACAGGUGUGGCUUUAGGAUUGGACACAUGGCUUUAGAAUGAGGACAAACAGAAAAGUCUAGAAAUAAUCCAGUAAAGGAGUGCAGAGGUGACAGUCAUGCAGCUGUCUGGAGUUGGGUCUUUCUGUGGUCUCUGUGGUCUGAUAAAUUCUGCUUGCUAGAAAAGACAGAAAUAGAUAUGUUGCAGUUAAAACCCUUGAAUUGUAUUAGGCAAAACUUCUCUGCUGUAAUUCAUAGUAGGUGCAGCAGUGCAAGGUUUGAAACUGACAUCAUUGGCUACUUAAGAACAAGGAAAUGGCCCUGAGAACUUCUACUAGGAUCUCCACCUAAUUUUGCAUUUAUUGUCUCAGCACAGCAGCUCUUUCGGGUGUAUUAGGCUGUCUUCAUAUAUAGUGUGAAUUUAUGCUUUGAGUCCAGGGCCUAAUCACAAACUGUGUAGAUGCCAAUCUUGGUGAAGCCCUCUCAGUGCACAUGGGACAGGCAUCAACAGUCAGUCAAGCCCUGUGGACAGCACAGGAGUAGAAAGUGCAUUGUUGUCAUCAGGCCUGUGGACAGCUCAAGAGUUAGGAAGUUCAUUGUUGUCGUCAAGCAACUUGUCCCAGAAUCGGUAGUCAGUUCUAGAACAUCCCUUUCUACUCUGUCAAGAGGCUCUAUUUUUAGAGUAUUUAAAUACUCUGUGUAGUCAGCUUUCAUUUAAGCUGCAUGGUUCUACAAGAAGGGGCCAGGGAAAGCUCUCUCGUGAUUCACAAGGGCUUAAAAAAGGCACCUGUAUUCUGAUGGGCAGGAACUUCAACAUUGAUGGUGCUUCAGGGUUAAGCAAGUGUUUAUUCUGACCUCCUUUCAGCUGCAUAACCACAGCAGUAUGGAUGGGUUUGGAAGGCAUGUGGUCCCUGCUCUACCUACAUGCCAUCACUGCUGUGGUUAACUAAGGAGUCUUUUCACCUUUCUAUUUGACAAGCUGAGUUUUCCCCCCUCUCUAGUGCCAUUUAACUGCCUGAAUGUUUACUUUCAUUUGAGAAUUGAGAUGUUCAUUUUCUUCUGUAAAUAACUGACUGCAGGAAGGUCAUUUACUGUUACCUGCAGGGUAGGGGAAGGGUGUAGCUACACUGGGUUAUUUUCAGCUGAUUUGAGGGCACUGCUGUGAAAAGUGUGGAACCAACAGUAUAAGCUGUAUGUGCUUUCCUAUUAUAAAUGGCUACAAAUA